CGCAGGGUCUGCUUUGCCCCCAGUGUUUGGGGAGCGGGUGGGGACACCGGGGGUGUGGAGGGUCGGGGGGCCGGGCGCUCCUGUCGGCCCCCGGGCCCCUCAGGCCGACCGAGCCGCGCGGUUGAGGGACGCUCCCCAGCACCGAGGCUGGGACCGAGCGAGCGAGCGGCGGCUUCCGAGGGUAGGAGGGGCCCGGCGAUGGAAAGUGAAAGAGAUUCUGUGCCGGGAAGGGGUUUUUCGUGCAGUCGGUCGGCUAGGCGCUCGGAGUCGCAGCGGGCGUUCGGACAGACGCGGGGGGAAUCGAACCAUGGCCGCGGUGCUCGAGGUCAAACAGACGGUGCAAGCCAAGGUGGAGAGCUUCCGCGGGCAAAUCUGCAAUGAUGCCAUCCUGCUCAUCUCCAGCCACCUACCCAACAAGCUAGUGGAGCUGGACAACUUACUCCGGGCUGACAUCUUCAAUGUCUCCAACUUGUCGCUGAUCCAUGCCGAACUGGACAUACCAAUCCCAGAUCCACCCAAGAAAGAGGAGGAGGACAAUGGGAAGGACGAGGGAAAGGAUAAAAAGAAAGAGAAACCUCCGAAGUGCGGGAUGCAGAAGCCGAACGAGAAGGUCACGGCCUUGGUCCAGCGGGUGAAACCUGAACUCAGAUCGCUGAAGGAGACGUGCAUCAUGCUCACCACCUGGAUCACCUACCUGAUCCCCAAGAUAGAGGACGGCAAUGAUUUUGGUGUCGCAGUGCAGGAGAAGAUUCUGGAACGUAUUGCGGCCAUCAAGACCAAAGUGGAGGGAUUCCAGACUGCCAUCACCAAGUACUUCACGGAGCGAGGGGACGCCGUGGCCAAAGCUUCCAAGGACACCCACGUGAUGGACUACCGCCAGCUGGUCCACGAGAAGGAUGAAGCAGCCUACCUGGAUCUCAGGACCAUGGUCAUGGACGUCCGAGGGUACUAUAUUGAGCUGCUGGAUUUGAUCAUGAAGAACGCAGAGAAGGUCACCAGCCCCAAGGGAGAAGAGAAGUCCUAUUCGAUGUACUGAGCAGAUCUGUGCGAGGGAGGGGCUAUGGGGUCAGGUCAGGCCAGCAUGGCGGGGCAGGAACGACCUCUGACAGAUCCCCUCUCAGCCUCCCAGUACACACUGGCACACACAUGCCUUGUCUGUUAUGUUGUAUCGGGUAUUAAUAAAGUAAAUUUAUUAUUUCAA